CUCUUUCUCAUCCAUCUUCGGUCCUUUCGAUGUUUUAGGUGCCGUAGAGCACUUGUAGCUAGCCUGGAGUAACCCGCCUGUAACUGCCAAACAACGAAAAACCAACCAAAUACCCAAAUCGAAAAUCGAAAAUCGAAAUGGCGAAACGCGGGAAGCUAACGAAGCUGAAGUCUGUGCUAAAGAGAUGGCAGUCAAUGAACAAGUUCGGCCGUAGCAACGGUGGUAGCUCCAUCGCCGCCGCAAACCCCUCCGACGACGACGAUGAAGGCUCUUUGGGUAUGGCCGGUGCGGGUGGAAAGUUGGUUCUUCAUCAAGGAGGACUUCAUCCAGUGUACGUGGGGAAGUCUCGGCGGCGGUACCUGAUAAGCUCCGACGUGAUUGAGCACCCUCUGUUCCGUGAGUUGGUGGAGAAGUCGGAGGGGUCGGAUUCGAUCACAGUGGGGUGCGAAGUGGUUUUGUUCCAACACAUGCUGUGGAUGCUGGAGAACGCAGAGCCACAUGUACAGCAGGAGUCGUUGGACGAGCUCGUCGACUUCUACGCAUGCUGAACCCCCCCUUAAUUGAUUGCUGCUGCUGCUGCUGCUGCUGAUGAUGAUGAUAUUGUCUGAUAACUGAAUGAUGGUAGGUCAUCAUCAUCAUCAUCGUCAUCAUCCCAUUAAUUAGGUUAUUCCCCAAAUUUUCCAAUGUUGUAUGAUAAAAGAGUAUAAAUUUCCAUUUUUGUAAAUUUCUAAUAUCUCCAGUUUAAUAAUAAGAAACGACUCUGUAAUAUAUUCUUGAAUCUUGAUGAUGUCUUUUAAUUUAAUUAUUAUUGUGAGUA